GGCGGGCGGACCAGGAGGAGCCAGCAAAUGUAGAAGACGCCCAGGUCCGUCCCCUUUUUUGUGGAAUCUGAGUGAGCCCUCGCAGAAUUUGCUUCCCCUCUCUAGAACCGGGUCACCAUGGCAACUGGACUGAAAUUGAUGAGAGCAAUUAGAGUUUUUGAAUUUGGUGGACCAGAAGUGCUGAAACUCCAGUCGGAUGUGGCAGUACCAACUCCAAAAGACCACCAGGUUCUAAUCAAGGUCCAUGCAUGUGGUGUAAACCCAGUGGAAACAUAUAUUCGUUCUGGUACUCACAAGAUAAAACCACUCUUACCCUAUACACCUGGUUCAGAUGUAGCUGGGGUAAUAGAAGCUGUUGGAGAUAAUGCAUCUACUUUCAAGAAGGGUGACAGAGUUUUCACUACCAGCACCAUCUCUGGGGGCUAUGCCGAGUAUGCUCUUGCAGCAGAUCACACUGUUUACCCACUGCCAGAAAAACUGGACUUUAAACAAGGGGCUGCCAUCGGUAUCCCAUAUUUUACUGCUUAUCGAGCUCUGCUCCACAGUGCCCGUGUGAAAGCUGGAGAAAGUGUUCUGGUUCACGGGGCUAGUGGAGGAGUUGGACUGGCAGUAUGCCAGAUUGCUAGAGCUUAUGGUUUAAAGGUUCUGGGCACAGCUGGUACCGGGGAAGGACAAAACAUUGUUUUGCAAAAUGGAGCCCAUGAAGUGUUUAACCACAGAGAACAUAAUUAUAUUGAUAAAAUUAAGAAAUCUGUUGGUGAAAAAGGAAUUGAUGUGAUCAUUGAAAUGUUAGCUAAUGUAAAUCUUAAUAAUGAUUUGAAUCUUCUGUCACGUGGAGGACGAGUAAUAGUUGUUGGCAGCAGAGGUCCUAUUGAAAUAAACCCACGGGACACCAUGACAAAGGAAUCUAGUAUAAUUGGGGUUGCUCUCUACUCAUCAACUAAGGAGGAAUUUAGGCAAUAUGCAGCGGCCCUUCAAGCUGGAAUGGAAAUUGGUUGGCUGAAACCUGUAAUAGGUUCUCAGUAUUCAUUGGAGAAGGUGGCCCAGGCUCAUGAAAAUAUCAUCCAUAGCAGUGGGGCUACUGGGAAAAUGAUUCUUCUCUUAGAAUGAUUAAGUCUUUCAUGUAUUUCUUGUGCAAUUAGAAGUUUCCUGCCCCAGUUUUACUUAUACUACUUUUGCUCUAAUAGUGAGUUUCUUAUAUUGAAAAACAAGAUUUAGCUUUAGAGAUCUGGAAUAAAUUGGAGUACAAUUUAUUUUAUAGUUCACAAUAUGCUUUAUGCCUCCCACCGAGCUCUAAUCAAGGAGUCAUCAUAGUAGGAAGUAGAAUGUUAGUAGCCAUUUGGCAUUGGGUACAUUACAGAAAUUCCUAGUACUUGAUCAUUAAUUCCAUACCUUGGACUAAAGCAAGCUAAUUCAAAGUAAGACUGCGUGAUUUCCAAGCCUAUUUGUGCUUGUAAAGGAUCUUCAGUAUAUGUUCAGCCCAGAACUCUAUUGGACUCUGAAGAUUUUCUAGACUAAACAAGACCCCUUUUCCAAACUAAUCUCAUUGGCAAGAUAAACAAUGUCCACAGAAAUUUGUUUUUUAAAAAAUAGUUUUCCAAUAUUUCCCCAAAUAUUAGAACAUUCACUGUGUUAAUGGUUGAUUACUAAUUAUCCAUACAUUCUGUGAAGGUAGCAGCCUUAUCUUUGUUAUAAUGUGAUAAUAGGUCCGUAGUCUCUCCAGAUAGAUACUUCUUGAUGAUUUGAUUUCAAAGUAAAUUUAGAAUUAUCUGUGUGAUGGGAGUCAUAUAUUUUUCUUUAAAUUACUAAACAAAUUUGACCUAUUAAGAGUGGGCGGCUUUUGUUUUCAUAGCAUGGUAACUUGCAGUGAAUUCUGUAGAAAAAUAAAAACUGCUUAUCUAUUUCAUCUUUAUAUAAUACUUGCCUUACAUCACAUCUCUUACGUAGUUCCUAAUGAUUAAUUCCUAACAGUGUUCUGUGUUGGAAGUCUUUAUCUAUACUAAAUAAAUGCCAUUAAUGUUAUGUGCAAGGAAA